AUGCCACACGAUACGAUGAAACAAUAUCUCGAGUUAUUGCGUCUCCCUGAACAACAACAAGUUCAAGACAGCAAUUCACUAAUCACACAACUACAACCACACGAUUCGAAGGAAAUUGAUCAAGCAGAGGCCAUGGUCGGCUCUAUCCUUCAAAAGCUUCAUCAACAAUUAGAUCCACAACCAUCAGUUGACUCUCAACAAUUCACUUCUUCUUCUGUAACAAUAACUCAUCCAUCCAUGUAUCAAAUCCCAUGUUGUUCCACAUCCUCCGUUCCUAGUUACGACGCGUUAUGGAAUAACGACAAUAAAUCUCAACCUGGGCGUCAUACGGUCGUGGUUCGCAAUGGAAGCGCUCAGAGUGUUGAUCGAACCAAUGUUGUGACCUUGAGUAUCAAACCCUCAAUAUUCAAAGAGGAUGGUCAUUCAAAUUCAACAACCAUGACUCGUCAACAACAACAAGAAGAAGAAGAAGCCUUGAUUCGGUGUUUGAAUGAAUGGAUGAACACUGAUAAAGAACAGAGAGAACUCUUUGUACGACCGUCACAUGCCACAAACAACCUCAUUCCUCCUCCAUCACGAAUGAAACAAGAAGCACUUUCAUUGUAUCAUCGUCCAAUUUCUCCACCCAUACAACAACAACACGUUGUCACUCCCACCACCAAACCACAACAGCAACGAUGUCCUGAAGUGUGUCGCUUCUUAGAUGCCUUUCUCAGUUGCGCAUUGUUUGGGCAUUCACCAACUUUGGAAACUUUAUUUUCCAAUUUAGUGAAAACGAGACAACAACCCCUGUCGAAUGUUGGUUUGAUGUCUGGUCAAAAGGCUUCUGAAAUGAUGAUAUCGUUACAUGUUGACACAAAGUCUUCUUCCGUAAGACCUGCGGCAAGCGUUAGCAAACCUGUAUUACCAUCUUGUGUGACAUCAAAAAUUUCUAAACCAAGCAAAAUGGCGAACAACACAAAAAAAAAUACAACUGUGAAAUAUUCUCCAUAA